GUGGUAGUGACGCAAAUCAGGAAGUGCCGAUACCGAACGUGCUCGUUUGUUUACAGCAGCAGGCUCCCCGUUUUUAUCUAGAAACCUGCUUACUCUUACUAAUUAUUAUCUCCUUUCAGAAACAUAUUUUAAAUAUUUUGAUAUUUCUGCAUAAUUAUUGCUAUUGUGCUUAUAUCGCUUUGUAUGCGUUCUUAAAAGCGUGUAGUUCGUUGAUUUUCUCUCAGAGCUGCUAAAGUAGAUAGAUAUUACUAGCUUAAACUACUUUGAAUGAAUGAUUCCGUCGCUCGUAUUUAAUCAGUGACUCAAAUGCAAAAAUGCACCGGCUUUUGUGACCGCGAAUGACUGUUUUUGUGGGUAAACGUGGGUUAGAGUGCAGCAUGUCAGCUAACAUGCAGGGAAGCUAACGUGGAAGUUGAACAGAACAUCAUGACCUCCGACAAUUCCAAUCUGGACAGAUAAGACACAAUGGCACAAAAUGAAUGAAAACCCAGAGCAUUAUGGCGUUGACUCAAGUGUACUGGGAUCACCACAUCCCUCUGCCAAAGCUUACCUCUUUGCAAGCCAAAGUCACUGUUGCCCUCGUGGCUUUGCUGUGCUUCAGUAACAGCUAUGAUGGGGAGUUUGUGUUUGAUGAUUCUGAAGCAAUUGUCAACAACAAGGACCUGAGACCAACAACACCCUUGAGCAACAUUUGGUUUAAUGACUUUUGGGGAAGCAAUCUGAGAAGCAACUCCAGUCACAAAUCCUACCGACCGCUCACUGUCCUUACAUUUAGACUGAACCACCUCAUAGCUGGAGGCCUCCAUCCUGUUGGUUUCCAUGUCCUGAACAUCAUCCUCCACGCUGUCAUAUCCGCCCUCAUGAUUGAUGUGUUUGCUAUACUGAUUGGUGGACUGGGCCGCGAUGAGGACGGGCAGAGGGUGAACCUUGCUCCCAAGACGUCGCUUCUUGCUGCCCUGUUCUUUGCUGCACAUCCAGUCCACACAGAAAGUGGCAAAGACAGGGCGAGACCUGGGGGGGGCUGCAAGAAAGGCAGGCUGUUGGUUCAGGCCUGCUGUAUGUAUCAAAGCAAGCAACCCCAGGACGCCAACCAUACUGUGGCGGGCAUCGUGGGCCGAGCUGACCUGCUGUGCGCUCUCUUCUUCCAGCUCUCUUUCCUCACUUACUGCAAAGCCUUCUACAAAGGGAGCGACAGGGAGGACGGCUUCUCUGUCCGCUGGGUUGCGGUCAGCCUCUUGCUUUGUGCUGCAGCCAUGCUCUGCAAGGAACAAGGCAUCACUGUUUUGGGUGUGAACGCAGCCUUUGAUGUCCUCCUGAUCUGUAAUGUCAAUGUGUAUGAACUCAGCCAGAGGCUGCUGUUCAGGAAAAAAUCCCUGGCUUUCAGUGAGAUUUUGUCAAUGGGAUUGCUGACACGCUUGGCUCUUCUGGGUCUUGGGGGGAUCUCAAUGCUGUACGGCCGCUGGAGGAUUAUGGGCACAGGACCGCCGGUGUUUACCGAAGUAGACAACCCCGCCUCGUUUGAAGAAAACAUCGUGAUUAGAAUACUGAACUAUAAUUACUACUACUCUCUAAAUGCCUGGCUGCUGCUGUGUCCCUGGUGGCUGUGUUUUGAUUGGUCCAUGGGCUGUGUGCCCCUCAUUAAGUCGGCCACUGAUUGGAGGAUGGUGUGGCUGCUGCUGCUCUGGUGCUUCUUGCUAGGCUUGAUAGGCCAAGCCUUAUGCUCACAGGACAGUCAGAGGAGGAGGACUCUGACCCUGGGCCUGGUGCUGCUGGUGGUUCCUUUUCUCCCCGCAUGUAACGUUUUCUUCAGAGUGGGCUUUGUCAUCGCUGAGAGAGUGCUUUAUCUGUCUUCUGCCGGCUACUGCUUACUGCUGGCAUUCUCACUGGGACACUGCUGCUGUCGCUGGACCAGAUACAAGAAGUUGCUGCUUGCCUUGACGCUGGCGCUCUUAUGCAUGUAUGUAGCUCGCUGUGCCCUCCGCAGCCAGCAGUGGCGGUCGGAGCAAAGCCUGUUCACCAGCGCGCUGUCUGUCUGUCCUCUCAAUGCCAAGGUGCAUUACAACGUGGGUAAGAACCUGGCCGACAGAGGGAACUCCACUGCUGCUGUCCGGUACUACAGAGAGGCUGUGAGGCUCCACCCGACCUACGUCCACGCAAUGAACAACCUGGGAAACAUCCUAAAGGAGAAGAAUGAGCUGAUAGAGGCGGAGCAGCUAUUGUCGAAAGCUGUGUCCAUCCAAUCUGACUUUGCAGCAGCUUGGAUGAAUCUUGGUAUAGUUCAGAACAGCCUCCACAGGUUCGAGGAAGCAGAGCAGAGCUACUUGAACGCCAUCCGCUUCCGCAAAAAAUACCCAGAUUGUUACUACAACCUGGGACGAUUGUACGCAGACCAAAACCGACAUGUGGACGCUCUGAACGCAUGGAGGAAUGCAACUGUGCUAAAACCUGAUCACAGCCUGGCUUGGAACAACAUGGUCAUCCUGCUGGACAAUUUAGGUAACCUGGCUCAGGCGGAGCUGAUCGGCAGAGAGGCGCUGAGGAUCGUCCCUAAUGACCACACCAUCAUGUUUUCCUUGGCAAACGUCCUGGGAAAAUUAGAGAAAUAUAAGAUCAACCCAAAUGCUGCUAGUUGCCAUGGCAAUUUAGCUGUGCUGUAUCACCGCUGGGGGAAGCUGGAGCUGGCUAAGAAACACUAUGAACUGUCUCUAAAGUUGGACCCCGAGGCUGCUGGGACCAAAGACAACUACAACAUGCUGCUACGCAAACUGGACCAGCUCAAACGCAAGACGCCCUGAGGGACACCCAAAGACACUCCAGCCCACUACCACACAGGCGUCUUCAUCCUUCCAUUUGAUAUUGACUGAUUUUUGGUAGUUUUGUCCUUUAAAAAUCUUGAAAUAAAAGCUAAAGUCUGUGUGUCA